AUGAGCGCAACCAACCAGCCUGGCUCCGAGGCCCAGGACGAUGAAGACGACUACAUGAACAUGACCUUUGAGGACACCCAGGCGCCCAAAGAAACUUCGCUGCAGCGCACGCAGCGCUUGAAGAAGGAGGCGCGUGCCCGGGGUGCCGUCAAGUCCAAGGCGCAGAUUGCCGAGGAGGAGGCGGCCGCACGCGAGAGGGCGCUGGCCACUUCGAUGCUGGACGACCCGCGCGCCAAAAAGAGCAAGGGCCUCGCCAUGAUGGCCAAGAUGGGCUUCACCGGCGGCGGCCUGGGCAAGAAGACGGACGACGGCACGCCCCAAGGCCGCACGGAGCCCAUCCACCUCAGCCUCAAAGACGACAGAGGCGGCAUCGGCAUGGAUUCGGAGAAGAAGCGCCGCUUCCGGGAGGCCGCCGAGGAGCAAGGCAUUGCACCGGAUGCCAAGGCGCCAAAGCUGGACCCGGACGAGUAUCGCGAGCGCGUCAGAAAGGAGCGCGAGGAUGCGAAGCUGGAGCAGCAGUUCUUCGCGGCGCAGCGCUUGGCUGAGCGCAUGGACGAUGAGCAGUCGGGCGAGGAUGCGGGCUCUAAAGCAGAUGCGGAUGAUGAUGGUUCCGGCUCGGAGGCUGAGCGGAAAAAACGGCCCAAAGCCUCACAUUCUUCCAAGCCGCUGAAAUCCGUGUCUAUACUGUACCGUGGGCUCGUGCGCCACCGCGAGGAAAAGGAGCGCGUCCGUCGGAUGCGCUACGACCUGGAGCAGUCGCUCUCCCGGCUACCUACUUAUGAAGAGGAGGAUGACGACCCAGACUACAAGACGGCUCUCGGGAAAGCUGGCACGGUGUACGCGACGGCCGAGGAUCUGGAUGAGGAAGACCCCGAGCAGGACGAGUUUGAUGCCCUGGAUGUGCGCGAGCGGCUGGAACGCCUGCUCAAGCAUCUCCGGGAGCAGCACAGAUAUUGCUUCUGGUGCAAGAUGGCAUACCCGGACGCGGAGAUGGAUGGGUGUCCGGGUCUAACAGAGGAGGAUCAUGAUUAA